GAUACACAAUUGGAAGAUGAAUUACCUUGGGGUCCGUCUCACCCUUGUUUCCCACACUUGAACCCUCAUGUUGCUAUUGCUUCGCCUUUGUAUUCGAGUACUCGCGUCAUCAGAGUUCAGCGAGAUUGGCUGGUAGCGGGAGACCUCUACCCGGCACUACAGAAUCUAUACCCAGAGAUCCUGGAUCAAUGGUUGUCGGAAUCGGACUUCAGAACGGUAGUCGAAACGUUGAAUCCGAUGCUCAAGCAGGCGUUUGAACCAAAUACUUGGGGUAGUUGGUUUGAUGCCUUGAUGGGUGUUGCGACAGGCUUCUUGUGGGACAACUUUGGUUGGACCGGAGUGAAGAGGGGAGUCAGAGAUAUGGAGAAGUGGGUCGAAGGUUGGAACACCGAGGCCGAGAGGGAAGGCAGGGAGGUGAGAUUGAUUGAUCUGAGAAGGACGGGUUUCUUGAGUCUGGAUAUUCAGAUUCCGGAUCCUCAUGUU